GCAAAUUAACAAACUCGCUGCUGAGCAACUGGUUUGACCAGAUCACCUCUGAAAAUAUGUGAUGAGUCUGUGCUCUCGUUAUCAGUGUCAACCUGUUCUGUUCUAUGUCGACUUACAUUAUUUAUUCAAAUGAACAGAUAUCACAAGAAAUGGGUCUGAUAUGACAGUUGGCUGACUGAGGGUUUCAUUUUGUUGUCAGCAUCCCACGAGCUGGCAGCAUAGCAAUAAGCAAUUCUAUUAAAAUGUCAACUAACUCUGCUUCUAUCGAUACACAGCCAAUACUCUACUCGUAUUGGCGUAGCUCGUGCUCCUGGCGUGUUCGGAUUGCGAUGAAUCUUAAAGAAAUACCCUAUGACAUCAAGCCUAUUAGUCUCAUCAAGUCUGGCGGCGAGCAACACUGCAAUGAGUACCGCGAGGUAAAUCCUAUGGAGCAGGUGCCGGCGCUGCAAAUUGAUGGACAUACACUGAUCGAGUCGGUGGCUAUUAUGCACUACCUGGAGGAGACACGACCCCAGCGCCCGCUAUUGCCGCAAGAUGUACACAAACGAGCUAAAGUUCGCGAAAUAAUUGAGAUCAUAUGCUCUGGUAUUCAGCCACUUCAAAACCUGAUCGUUCUAAUCCACGUGGGGGAGGAAAAGAAGAAGGAAUGGGCACAGCAUUGGAUAACACGUGGCUUCCGUGCCGUGGAAAAGGCACUGUCCACCUCGGCAGGCAAAUAUUGUGUGGGUGAUGAAAUCUCAAUGGCUGAUUGCUGCCUUGUACCGCAGGUGUUUAAUGCCAGAAGAUUCCACGUAGACUUGCGCCCAUAUCCGAUUAUAUUGCGCAUUGAUCGUGAGCUGGAGAGCAACCCAGCAUUCCGAGCUGCCCAUCCUUCCAAUCAACCGGACUGUCCGCCGGAGCUGCCAAACAAAUAGAAUUUUCCGACGACAACUGCAAAACGCCGUAAAACGAAGAAGUGAAUUGCAGUUCGUACAACAAGCAAAUAUAUGUAUAACUCGACAGUAAGAAAUAACAAUUUUUGGAGCUAGAGUCAGAUAGAGAAGAGGCGAGAUUUGAUUGAGAGAAACAGUCGGAUGUGAUUUAAAAAUUGCUAACAGCAUUUAACUAUGCAUAAAUGCAUAAAAAUACUAUCGAUAAAAAUAAAAUUUUAAAUGGCAUGCUAACAAAUCAAUAUUGAUAAUUCUCAAAACAAAAAAAAAACAAAAAAAACAAAAAAAACAAAUAACAAAUGUAUUUUCUUUAGUUUUCAAUAUGAAAAAAUGGUCUAAAAGAUAAACUCAUAUAUAAACGUAUUUUUAUGAAUUUUAUUUAGGCUAACAGGAAAAAAAUUCAAGAACACAUAAUGAAAAGCAAAAUUUAAUUCAGGGAUUUAAAAAUGCAAAAAUAGUUUAAGUGCAAAUUUACAUUACCAUUAUAAACCAAAAUGCGCAACUAUAUAGAAGUAUACAUACAUAUGUAAGUUAAAAAAAAAUGGGCGCUUUACAUGGAACUUUUUGAAAAGUACAAAGCUUCAGUCAACUUUAUUAGCAGGCAUUCUGAUUACGAAGUAAAGAACAAGUGAAAAAUACAGAAAACGUUUAAAUUAAGGAUACUUAAAUACCAUAACUUAGACAUCAGAUCAGGUGGCAAAAUAUAACAAUGAACAAUUAAUGUCUCUUUGCUACCAAAAUUGUAUAAACAAGCUAAAAGUUAAAACUGUAUUUCCUAAAAUUAAAAGCACGACACAAACUAUAACCCAAUGAAAUAAAUGCACAAAAUUAUAUGUAUGUAAAUUACUCGUUUCCCGUUUAAAACACACAUUAAUCGAUCCUCACAUCGAAUUGAGAAUCUAUCCUAUAGAAUUAAACGAACUGCCUGAUUUCGCAUACAAUUCUACUAUGUUAAUAUCCAUAAUAUUGUAACAG